AACAGUCGUGCUGUUCGUGUCACGUAGUCGAACGGGUUGAGGUUUUGUGACGGUGAAGUGAUACCACAACUGAUACGAACAUGAUUUCGAACGGCCACUUAAUCGGAGAUGGAUCAUGGAAUUUACGGGUGCUCGUAACUGAUUUACAAGCGGAACGAUUAAUCCGGGUAAAAGGAGAUGUGCACAUCGGUGGAGUCAUGCUCAAGCUCGUCGACGACCUGGAAAUAUUCACGGACUGGUCGGACCAUGCGUUGUGGUGGCCCGAGAAGAAUAUGUGGCUCACAAGAACGAGAACAACUUUGGACCAAUACGGUGUUCAUGCAGACGCCCUUCUUCAUUUCACACCUAUGCACAAAAUUUUACGUGUGCAACUUCCAGACCUAAGAUAUUUGGACAUGAAGGUGGAUUUCUCGAUAAAAACCUUCUCCACCGUGGUCCAGUUGUGUAAGGAAUUGGGCAUUAGACAUCCGGAGGAGCUGUCUCUCUGCAAACCGCUAGAACCGAACCAUCUGAAAUACAACUACAAGGACAUGCCCAAGAAGAAACAGCAGGAAUCGAACGGUCUUCAGAAGAACGGCCAUUUGCCGCCAGACACCAACACUUUCAUCGCCAACAGCAGCCCGAUAGGCAGCACAGGAAGCUUGGACAAGUCCCAUUUCAUGUGCGCUCCCGUGACGCCGUCCCGAGGUCCUCCGUCGUCGACGCCGUUCAACACUCCCAGUCCCGCAAAUCAUACUCUACGACGAAAUGGCCAAGACGUGUGGAACACUUCGUACUCUCCGAACAUAACAAACAGUUUGGAGCAACUCAAUGGUAACGGCUUCGAUAGCUCGCUGGCGCACACGAAAUAUCCCAAUAAUGAAGCUAGAAAACACUUGAUUCGGCCGAAGUCGCUGGUUGAAAAAGCUAGGAUGAACGUAGCCUGGUUGGAUUCAUCACUGUCCAUCAUGGAACAAGGUGUUCGGGAGCAUGAUACGCUAUGUUUGCGUUUCAAAUUUUACGUUUUCUACGAUUUGAAUCCUGCAUAUGAUGCUAUCAGGAUCAAUCAGAUUUAUGAACAGGCAAAAUGGCAAUUACUUAACGAAGAAAUCGAUUGCACUGAAGAAGAAAUGCUGCUGUUUGCUGCAUUACAGUUUCAAAUAAACAGACAGGCAGAUCGCCCGCAACCUGAAAUGGAAAAAGUUUCAACGCCUUCGCCGGUUGAAGAUGACAUUGAUGCGGCCUUGACAAAUCUCCAGACUACAUUGGAGGGCUCCAGUCUAAAUUCAACUUCAAAUGAUAUCACAGAAGUGCCUGAAUUAAAAGACCAACUGCGAUUUUUAAAACCUAAGAGGUUUACUUUAAAGGCUUAUAAGAAGUAUUGGUUCACAUGCAAGGACCUAAAUUUAUACAUGUACAAAUCUCGAGAAGAUAUGAUGCACGGAGGUAACACAACCAUGAAAAUAGAACUUAAAGGAUGCGAGGUUUCUCAAGACGUUAACAUCAGCCAGAAUAAAUACGUGAUCAAAUUGGAUGUGGCCACUCCAGAAGGGAUGUCUGAAAUGUUGAUUAGAUGCGAUGAUGAACAUCAAUUUGCAAGAUGGAUGGCUUGCUGCAAAUUAGCCGCAAAAGGUAGAUCAUUGGCCGAUAGCUCUUACGAAGCUGAGAAGAAGACAAUUUUGGAUUUCUUGAAUUUACAAAAGAGAACCGAAGGACCUGCAAUCAAUCCAAGCACUAUUGACAUCCCUGUUGAAGAUUACAUCUCUCCAAAAUACUUGAAAAAGCCAAAGGCAAAGUUGCAACAUAGGAUAUUGGAAGCUCACGCCAAUGUGAAAGACUUAUCGUUGAUUGAGGCUAAAUUGAAUUAUAUUAAGGCAUGGCAGUUAUUGCCUGACUUUGGCAUAACACUCUUUGUAGUUAAAUUUAUGGAGAACAAAAAAGAGGAUUUACUUGGUGUUGCAUACAAUAGAAUUAUGAAGAUGGACAUUAACACUGGAGAUCAUCAGAAGACCUGGCGAUUCAACACAAUGAAAGCCUGGAAUGUAAAUUGGGAAAUUAAGCACAUGAUGGUGCAAUUUGAAGAGGGCAACAUUAUGUUCAGUUGUCAAUCUGCAGAUUGUAAGGUUAUCCAUGAGUUUAUUGGAGGCUACAUUUUCCUGUCCACCAGGUCUAAAGGUGCGAGUCAAACGUUGGACGAGGAACUCUUCCAUAAACUUACUGGUGGAUGGUCUUAAAUUUAGUGCCUAAAAUGCAACAUAUGCCUUAGGGUCUUUGUGGCAACACAAAAUUGGUACUGAUAAUAUAAAUCUUAAAAUCGGUUAACAAGGUGCUAUUCAAAUAUAUUACAGCUAAUGAAAGGAUAAUUUUUAAUAUGUGGUUCAAAAUGAUACCAUUAAAUUCACAUAAUCAUAUUUAAAUCGUUUUCCGCUUUGGUAAUAGUUCCAGUAAAUUUUGUGUUGCUGUAGAUCCAUAAAAAUUGUAAUUGUCAAUUACUUUGUAGUCAUUGUUAAUUAAUUGUAAAUUUGUUAAUUUGCACAAUGGUUCCAUAUAUUUCACCAUUGAAAAAUAACUUCCACGAUUAAUAUCCGAUUUUUGUACAUAAUGAUUUAUAAAUCAGUAUUUUGCGAGAAAUUAUACAUAUAAAAUAUAUUUAUUUUGUAAUUUGUAACAUACUUAAUAUAGAUGCUUUUAUGCAAUUUGGCAAAUGAUUUUGUUGCUUUUUCAUGUUAUAUAGAUACUUUCGUGUUUUAAAACAUGAACUUGAUUUUACCUUUGUAGUUUCACUGUCGAUAGUGAUGUACGUUAAAUUCCUUAAACUCAUGAUAAAAGAUUUUUGUGACUUUUUUUAUUCUCAAAGGAAGCAUGUAAUAUGGUAAUUUAUAAAGGUAUUAUCAAGUGGGAGUUUAUCAAUGUUACUAAAAUUUUUAGACAAUAUAUUUUUACCAUGUUUUACAAUUUUAAUAAAAGUCUUACAUAAACAAUGUAUAGCGCCAAAAUAUUUUAUAUAGUUUGAUUUUUAUUGUAUAAAAACUAUUAAUAAAGUAUAUUAACAGUUAAUAAAUUUU